UGCCCCUUAAAGGGCCCCGCGGCGCCCGCUUUUAGGGGACCAGCGACACGGGGGACAAGGCGCUGGAACUUACGGCCCCCGCCCUUUUCUCUUUCAGACUCUCAAGUGGUUUUUCUUUUCAAAGGCCGCCCAGCCCCCCCUCGUCCCCGUCCCCGUCCCCUCCUGGAGCUUUCCCCAGAGUAGCAUAGCUCGGGAUUCCGCUGUUCUCGGGUGCGCCGUCCCUCUCCUGUGUGGCCUUGCUGGAGACGGGAACUCUUCCCUUCACGGUUGCGUUAAGGGAAAAAGAAAAAAAAGCACAGCCUACGCCCUGGGGAGCCCCCUCUGCUGUCUCCCACAUCGGGAAGGUCUUAAGUAAGGGGUGGGUUCGCCGGUGCACUGUCGCGUUUCAGAAUUUAUUUUGGCCGCGGUUUGUCAGCUGUACCAGGACCGGCCGGUCCUCGUUGGCCCUCAAAGCCGACUGUUUCCCUCCCCCCCCUUACUGCGGGGUUUAUUGCCUUUAUCAGCGAAGGUUCCGGCCUGACUCGGGAGACUGUUCCCUACUUUCUGAGCUCUCCUCCCUAAAAGCCCCCCAUCCUCUUUUGUUUUUAAAGAAUCUCAGCUCCUCCUUUUUUAUUCUCUGGUCCCCCCCCCUUUUGCUCUUAAAGGGCCAGUCUGCCUUAGACUUAGAAGGCUCCCGCACGGGAAGGAUGCUUAGUAGUAGGAUGCUAAUUAUCAGCCCCUGUGUUUGCAGACAAAGAGCUUAGGCCCAGAGAGCGACAUGACCUGCCAAAGGUCACUGAGCAAGUCAUCAGUGAAGCCAGACCUUGGACCUAGUGUUUUCUGUUUUUUUUUCUAUAGCUGUACUUAAAAACAAUAAUAAUAAUAAUAAUAAUGAAAACAAAAGAAAACUCCACACAGGGACAGGAGUUCUCUCUGAUGCUGUCUUUUGUUUGUGACUCUGGGAUUCUGUACUGAGAGAAUGACCAGAACAUGCCUGUAAUAGUUUUUGUGGCCAGGAGACCAUUUUCUAAAUAAAAAUGGCCAGCCAGCUCUGCAGGGAGGGUAAGGUAGGGCUUUGGGUGUCUUUUUGACAAAAUGUGAGAACACCAAUGGGUUGGUGGGGUCCAGAAGUGCCCACCUUUCCUAUGGCUGGGCAGUAACCAAGGCCCUGCCAGCCCAGACGAGAUAAGUACCUAGAAAGACUUAAUGGGUUUGAUGGGUGGUGACGGUUCCGAUCUGCAGAAUGUUCCCUCUUCAGGGACGUUGGACUGUGACUCUGGGGAAGUCUGGGUCUGAAGCCCUUUCCCUGGAGCUGUUGACAGCUCUGUCUUAGGUGCCCUCCAGUGGGAGCUGACCUUUCACACCCCAUCCCUAAGCUGGUACUUACAGGAGGACACAAUUGGGGUAUUAUUGGAAGAAGGGACCUUCCUUGUGGGGCCUCAGGUGGGUGGGUCUUAUGCACAGAUCUGGGUGCAGACAGACACCCCCUUUGUUCCCCCAGCUCCCCACUGCUGUCUCCAUUCUGGCUGUAACUGCCCAGCCUGCUGAUCUCCUAGCUUUAUCCCUCCCUGUACCUCUGGAGAGUGCCGUCCCUGGCCUUCUGUAGCGGGCUUGCACAGUACCCGCGUCCUUUUGUUUUGGUCCUCUCACUGGGUCCCUGCUCUUUGUAAGGGGUGUUUCAACUCCCUCAUCACCCACUUCCCCUCACCGCUCUUGCCAACCCUUCCUUGCCCUGAGCUCCCCAUCCCCCACAUCCCUUUCUCAUGCUUCCAAAUCAAAGCCUUGGGUCCUUUCCCUGGAAAUUGGAGAUUGAGAAUGUGUCUCCCUUUUCCCUUCAGGACAAGCUCUUCAGCUGGAAGGGGGUGCCUUGGGGUCCUGGGGAAGUACCCCCCUACCCUCCUCCAGGGCCAGGGGACCAGCAUCUUCAGGCAGGAAAUACUCAGAUCAUUGUGAGGCUCGGGCCUCGAGGCCUGGAAAGAGCCGCAUCCCUGGCAGGGACCAUCGGCGUUACUACCAUGACCACUGGCGACUGGAGUACCUGAUGGAUUUCAUCCCCUCCCGGCACGGCAUGGUGUGCAUGGUGUGCGGCAGCUCCCUGGCCACCCUCAAGCUCAGUACCAUCAAGAGGCACAUCCGCCAGAAGCACCCCUACUCCCUGCACUGGAGUCCCCGAGAGAAGGAAGUCAUCAGCAGCAGCUGGGAUGCCCAUCUGGGGCUGGGGGCCUGUGGUGAGGCUGAGAGCCUGGGGGCCCAGGGGGCUGAGGAGGAGGAGGAGGAGGAAGAUGAAGAGGAGGAGGAGGGGGCCAGCCUUCAAGCUUGCCCACCCAAGGGCCCAGGCAAAGCCCCAGCUGGUGGGGGCUGCCGGCGCCAGCGGCGAGGGGUUCGAGGGGGCCCAGUGGCACCUCGGCGCCGGCGGCUGUCAGCCUCCCGAAGGGCUGGGGGCAGCAGGGGACUGGGGCCCCGGCGCCUGGAGCGGAGGCUGAAGGAGUCCCUGCAGAACUGGUUCCGGGCCGAGUGUCUCAUGGACUACGACCCACGGGGGAAUCGGCUGGUGUGCAUGGCCUGUGGCCGGGCACUGCCCAGCCUGCACUUGGACGACAUCCGUGCUCACGUGCUGGAGGUGCACCCCAGCUCCCUAGGGCUCAGUGGCCCCCAGCGCAGUGCCCUGCUGCAGGCCUGGGGUGACCAGCCUGAGGCUCUGUCCGAGCUCACCCAGUCCUCACCAGACGAUGACCUCGUCCCCCAGGACCUGACCAGAAAGAGCCGGGACUCCGCCCCCGCUGCUGGAGCCCCCUCCUCUCAGGAUCUCAGCCCCCCAGACGUAAAGGAAGAGGCUGGCUGGGUGCCUGAGAGGCCCGGGCCGGCAGAGCAGGAGGAGGAGGAGGCGGAGGAGGGCGAGGGCGAGGGCGAGAGGGCGGGCAUCCCGGUCCGGCCUCGGAGGGGCCGAGACCAUCGCCGCCACUACCAGGAGCGCUGGCGGUUGGAGUACCUCAUGGAGCUGGACGGCUGCCGCCGCGGCCUGGUGUGCAUGGUGUGCGGGGGCGCGCUGGCCUCGCUCAAGAUGAGCACCAUCAAGCGACACAUCCGCCAGCGCCACCCGGGCUCCACCAGCCUCAGCGGGCCAGUCAAGGCCCUCAUCGCCCAGGAAUGGAGCGAGAAGGCUGCGCACCUGCUGGCUUUGGGGCUGCCCAGCCCGGAGUCCCCCAACGACCCUGUCGCCCCCAGUGCAGCCUCGGCCUCUGAGGAGGGGGGAGGGGCAGAGGAGGCGGAGCCAGAGGAGGAGUGGUGGGGCGACGCGCCGGGGUCCCCCGGGGCUCCAUCGGAGCGGCCGGCCGAAGAAGAGGAGGAUGAAGAUGACGGCCAGGAGCCUGGGGGGCUGGCCUUCCCGCCGCUGCCAUUGCCCCCGCCGCCCCCGCCCCCGCCGCCGCCGCCGCGCAGCCGGGAGCAGCGGCGCAACUACCAGCCGCGCUGGCGGGGCGAGUACCUGAUGGACUACGACGGCAGCCGGCGCGGCCUGGUGUGCAUGGUGUGCGGGGGCGCGCUGGCCACGCUCAAGGUGAGCACCAUCAAGCGACACAUCCUGCAGGUGCAUCCCUUCUCCAUGGACUUCACCCCAGAGGAGCGCCAGACCAUUCUGGAGGCCUACGAGGAGGCUGCGCUGCGCUGCUACGGCCACGAGGGCUUCGGGCCACCGGCCCCGGCGCCGCGGGACGGCAGUGCAGACCUAAAGCCGGGCGCGGUUUGUCGCGCGUAGCACUCGCCCUGCGCUGGCCUGGCCCUUGGGCUGAGAGACCCUGAUGUCAGGCGCUGAGCUCCCCCUCCCCGCUGGCCGGGCUGGACCGGGGUUGGGGAUGGGGAGGCGCCCGCCACUGUCCCCCGGUGGCACUCUGAUGUGUCGCUAGUCCCUGCGCUCUUUGCGCGGGGUCCCGCGCUUCUCGAAAAGCCAAAGCGCCUCUCCAGUGUUCACAACGAAUGCUCCCGGCCGCGCCCAAGGGCGCAGUGCUGCCAAGCCGGGGUGGGGGUGCCCGCAGUCAGUAUUAGGGUUGAAGGCAGGGCGCAGGGAAGUCAGGAUAGACGCGCUGGCCACUCGCCCUGGCCGAGGGCCCAGAUCUGUGCGGCCUCGCACGCCCUCGGGCUUGGCUCUCGGCUCCCAGGCUGCUGGCUGCAGGGUCCAAAUUGGUAUUCUCGGUCUCUCAGAGGCCCAGGCGGCAGACUGGGGCAAAGGAGGGGGCGGGACGAGGGCGGGCGGAGCGAUGGGACCCAGUCAUCUGCGCCAGCUUCCCGGGCUGGCCCAGGGGACCGUGCAUCCAUCCUGGGCCGCUGCCAUGCCUCCGGGACCGGGGUCAUAAAGGGAUUAGCACUUUUUUCCUUAACCUCUCUUGCUCAGAGAGCAUGUUACCCACCCAGUGAAAGCGGCGGGCGCGCUCUUGGUCCAGCGCCAGCACCGUGCGAGCUCGGGGCACUGGGUGGUUAGUCUCUUAUUACUGCCCCCACUGAACGUGAUUCGUCCUCGGUGGAUGCGACACCGGUUCUCAGCUCCCAGGGCUUGGGGCCGGGCCUUGGCCUCUCUUGCUCUUACCCGUGGUGCCAGAAGGGCCCCUCAAUCUCCCAGGCAGGUCCGAGAGGGAUGUGUAGAUUUCAUUCUCCCGUGGAGAACAGGUGGUCCCAAGAUCAGGCCCUUUUGUGCUCUUUGUAUUUUAUUUUGAAACUGUAUUUAAUGCUUUUUAUAUGAAAGGGAGAGGGGAACUGGCCCAAUCACCCUUAUGUGCAAAUGUCUUAUUUAUUAUUCGUGUAUCAGAGAUAAGCUGUGAGGUGGAGGAGGAAGGACAGAGAUGGGCGUGUGGCAAGGGGAUUAGGAGGAUACUAAAUAUCCCACGUUCCCCUGGCCUUGUUUCUAGGUCCGGUGUCUGCUCUUCACAGAGGGAAGCCACUGAUGGCACUGUGCCCUCCUUUUAAAGUCAGGGUGUGGUGGUCAGGAGAUGGAACUUGGGAGGGGCCCUAGGUUCUGGGGUCAGUGUAGCCCCUGUGGUGAGAAAACAAGAAAAAGAAAUCCCUUCUCUCACCCGCCAGAGCCAGAGCUCAAGGUUCAAGUGCCUCAGGCCCAGUUCCCUAGACUUCCUGGUCGACAGUUGGAUUUUAUACCACGGAUUUUAUAGCAUUUUUAUAUAAUUUCAAGAUUGUCAGUGGGAAAGGACCCUGGAGAUCACAAAUUGAUCCCUUUCAGAGAGAGGAGCAAAAUUCCGAAACCCAGAAAUUAUUACUUAGCCAGCUAGGAACAAGUCAAGAACUAGAAUGAAAAACUCCCGGUUCAGUGAGCUUUGCACUGUAUUGCACUGCUUUCAGGAUUUCUUUACCCGUUAGGCCUGCCAAGAUUCGUGUUGGCACUGCAGGCCCUCAGCACUUGUGACUCCUGAGGACAGCAAAGCAUUGCACUUCCUGGGAAUAAGGAUGAAGGCGGCUUUCAGCACUGCAGGCCUGGGGCAGUGAGGGGUGAGGAGAGGGCCCAACUCCAGGUGGGGCCUACCUCUCCUGGGGCCGCGGUUUCUCCAGCAGAAGGUGGCUCCGUAUCAGUGCUUGUUUUCAAGUUAUCAGAUAUUCUGGAACGGCUGCUGGCUCAGUUAAAUUCCAGUUUUGACCAGCCAGAGUUUUGGAGACAGUAUUAAAAUCUUUAGAACAGGUUAUGGAUGGUGCCAGGCUGGGCACUGACCUUUUUUUUUUAACUUUUCAUCAUGCAUGUUUUUAAACAGAGUAUUCUCUCCUGCCUCUACACCACCUUUUAUAAACAGUAGGCAACAUUGGAGCUGCUGAUUGUCACCACCAGGGCUCACUGCUGAAGUCCAGGUUAGCUGGGGCAGAAGUUAGAAACGGUUUUCCCCUUGAGAGGCAGCCCCAGACUAGCAUCAUUUUAGGCACUUGCUAGAGACAGAAAUCCUUGGGCCCACCUGACUAAGCCAGAAGGGUGGGGCCCACAGUGUAUUCCCAAAGGCCCUUCCCACAGCUGCAGCUCCCAGGGAGGUUGUCUGGCAAGUACCUCUUCAGUGAUUCUACCAUGACUGGAUGGCCUCAAGGGUCAAGGGGUUGGUGGGUCUCCUCCCUCGGGAUUCUGAUUGAACAGGUGAAAUUUCUUCAUUGUUUUAUGGUAUGCUUGCUAUUAUGGCCCAUAUGUAAAUGUUACUCUGGAUACAUAUUUAUAUGCCAUGUUACUUAGUGACACUAUUCAAACAUUUGUAUGUGUAUUUGUGAAGUUGUUUGCAUCAGUCAUUUAAAAAGUAUUUCAGUCUAAGUUUUCCCGAGAGGUAUGUUGAAUAAAAUCUUAAAAGUCCAGCACGAGUCACAGCCAACUUAGUUCUGGGGCAGAGUGAAUGGGAUGAGUUCUGAUGUCAGAUCAGGUGUGCCAAGACCAGCUCAGUUUCAGCUUUUGGCUGCAUGCGGUUUAUGGGCUGCUUCCUGUGGUAAGAAGGGACCCUUCCCAUUCCCAGGCUGGUGAGAAGUUGAACCAGGCCCUUUAACCCAAGUCACUUCUAAGGUCACCUUUUACACAGUCUCUUCACUUCAUUUUAGAACCCAAAUCAGUGCAGCUCUGCUCAGUGCCCGGAGUCCCUGCAAUCUUGGGAGUUCUUUUUGAAGGUUCCCGGAAUGUGGGUGAGAGCAAGUGAAAGCCUUUCGUUCCCACUUCACCCAAACUGUGUAAAAAGAAUAAAGCUGCAGACUGAUGAGACA